GAGGACGUGACCCCGAGGCGACCGCUCCCCGCAGGGCGUCGAUAUGAGCACACUGCGGGCGCUCAACUUCACCAUCAUGGAGACGGAGUGCACCCCGAGGCCACAGGUGCCCAUUGACGACUGCAACUUCAAGGAGAAUGGGGUCAUCAAGGACUGCUCGGCGCCGGUGACCAUCCUGCAGGACUCUCCUGAGAUCGGUCUCCACUGCAGAGACGCCUCAUCGGAUCCGGUUCUCGUUGAGCGGGGCCGAUUCCGCCGCUUCUUUCGCAAGAUCCGACGCUACCUCCCGACCAUCAUCUCCGUGGUCGGCCCACGCAUUGGCUGAAUGAAUAAAUGGUGCCGUGUGCGGCCAACGCAUGUCAC